AUCAGUCCGGUGCAAGCCGUUGUGGAGCGCGCUAGUGUCCGCGUAUUGUAAAAUAAAAUAAAAUGUUUACGAGUGAAGUUUGAGUAUAAACAAAGUUUUAAACUGUUUUAAUAUGACUAUUGUUGUUGUGUUGUGAUUAUUAAGUGUGUUGAACAUGUCUCGGAUUAUUAUUGUGUUGUUUUUGGCCGCGGUGGCGGCCCAGGAGGAGGAAGGCGGUAGAUGCGAGAGGAUCAGGCUGCCUCUGUGCCAGGACCUGGGGUACAACUGGACAGCCAUGCCCAACCUCAUGGGCCAUCGGGAUCAGAAGGAAGCUGAAGAAGCGAUGGGUGCGUUCGCCGGCAUCCUGUCGAGCGGGUGCUCGCCGCACGCGCGCUUCCUGCUGUGCUCCGCCUUCGUGCCCCUCUGCACCCGCGAGGUCUCCGGCUCCGUCAGCGCCUGCCGCGCGCUCUGCGAGACCGUCGCCGACGACUGCAAGCAACAACUCCACGAACUCACCCUAGACUGCACCGCCUUCCCGCUCAGAGCAGACAGGAGACUCUGCAUGCGCCCGCCCAACGCCAGCGAAUCCGAACCAGAACCACCCCCACCACCAAGGUGGCCGUUCCACGAACAAGAUCUACGCGAACACGGCUGCCCACCGGCGCACACUAGAGCCCCCACAGGAGAGUGCUGGCCCGCGUGCGGACAACCAGCCCAGUACACGCAAGGCGACAAGCGCACAGCUGAGAUCCUCAUGACUACCCUCGCCUGGUUCUCCCUACUAUCGACCACCUUCGCGUUGCUUACGUUUUGCGCGGAGCCGUCGAGAUACCGCUACCCGGAGAGGCCGGUAGUGUGGAUGGCGGCGUGCCACGCCAUCAUAGCCUUAGCGUACGUCGCGCGCGGCUGGCUCGGAGCUAAGAUAGUCUCCUGCUCGGGAACUACGCUCGCCGUCGACGGGCUAGCAUCCACUACAUGCGUAGCGUUCUUCUCUAUAACUUACUACUUUACACUGGCCGCUGAUGCUUGGUUCGCGAACGCGUGCGUCGCGUGGUACCUAACAGCUGCUAGCGAAUGGUCGACGGAAGUUCUAGAGAGAGCGGCAGCGUAUUUACAUGCAGUAGCCUGGGGCUGGGCCGGCGCUUGGACAGCGGCAGCUUUGGCUUUGAGAAGAGUGACAGCAGACGAGCUGACAGGGACGUGUGUCGUAUCAGACGCGGCCGCUGCGGCUUUGAUAGGCGUGCCAAGAGGUGCAUUGCUCGUGACAUCUAUCGCGCUAGCAUUCGGCGCGUGUCCAGGCAUCAUGAGAGUGCGAAGAGCUUUAGACUCACGAGGCGCAAAGCGCGUCGGAAGGCUCGCCGCCCGAGCGGCCGUCUGCGGACUUCUAUAUUUAAUAUUAGCCGCCGCGGGUACAGCGGUGAGAGUUUACGAAUCUCGCCUGAGAGAAACGCAGUCCGGCCUGGCGUUACUGGCAGCUCUAGAGGCCGGGAAUCAGGAAGAAACGGUCGGAUCGAAUGGGCUUUCAAUCUGCCUGUGGCUCGCUUGCGGCAUAGCGGCUGGCGCCUGGGCGUGGUCGCGGAAAUCAGCUGUUGUCUGGAGGAAAGCGCUUUGCCCCCCUCGCAAAGCCCCGAGCUACUCCCCACCCUUACUUAGAACUCACCCCCCCUACUAUAAGAGACCGCUGCACGUGUCCCGUGUGUGAAUCUGUGUGAAAGACUGUUAAGUGCCUAAUUUAUGCCUUCUGUGAAGGCGCUCUCGAUUGUAAAACUGUAAAUAAUGUAAAUAUAUAUUAUACUGUUGAUUUUUGAUAUAAA